AUGAAACUACUGCACCACGAUUACACCACUGGCCCCAUUGACAACAACGUAAACUAUAAAGCUGUUAACUGAUUGCGAAGUGACUUCAACAUCAUGCUGUUACUCGUAAGCACAUAAUGGUCCACUUAGUUAUAUGCUAAUUUCUUAGAUACGUAUAUACGUGAGAUCACAAUAAAUACACAUAUAAAGCCAGUUUUAAUGUUGGUUAUACAGAAUAUACAAGUAAUGCAAUUAAAAAAUUAGGUGUUCCUCCGGAGAGGCGGUGACGUCAAAGUCAUGUGGCAUCUGCAGCCAAUUACCGCGAUGAUUUCUUUCUACUUCUAAGGGCGUGUUGCCUCCGUUCUUCGUCGUCAUACUCGAGAGUUCAGGCGAAAACGAGCCGAAGAAAUGGCGGUCCCAGAGGUGCAGAGUCGGAUUUCUUCGAGUAAGAUACGAAUUCAAAACAAAGAAAACGAAGAAAUUAUUAUAUCAGAAGCUCAGUUAAAUAAAGUAUUGAACAGGCAAUUGAAGCAUCACAUCAUAUAUUUUGAAAAUUCGAAAGUACUGUUGAUGCCUUAUCCAAUCCAGAUCAUCAGACAAUUCGUUACUUAUUUACAGACGGACGAUCCCGAAUUGACCUGUUUUACACACGCUUUCCAUCUGUAUCAUCUGAGUUCAAGAUACGAGUUAGAAAAUUUAAGAAACAAAUGCAAAUCUUUUAUCAUCCAAGAAAUGAAUCUGCAUAAUGUCUGUUCAAUUCACGAUUUUGCACGUAAGAUCGGUGAUCUGCUCAUAACUUAUUAUUGCUGGCAAGUUUUCGACGAACACGGAGAAAGACUAUUUACAACAAUCGACUUUAAGUGCUGUAAAAUUGCAACAAUUGAUAGACUGUUAUCUCGAGCGAUAUACGAAUCAGUCAGUGAAUUGCUUUUACUCGGAGCCGUGUAUCAGUGGAGCAUAGAAGAAGUUAAAAGAAAAUUGGGGGCACACAACUUCCAUUCGAUGAGAAAAGGAUCGAAAAGAAAUGCAAUAAGAAAUGUCAUGAAGCCAUUUAUUGGAAAAGUCAGAUUUCUUGCCAUGAAUGAAGACGAAUUGCAAUCUUGUGUUUUUACAAUGAACUUGUUAAGCGAAGUAGAGAAGAGUCAUAUCUGGCAUGCUUUUAAGACUGGUAAUUACUCCUUUUAUCCCAGUUACUUCAGUCGAGAAACAAAAACCAGAAGCAGAAUAAAUUAUUUUAGCUUGUUCUUGUACAUCAAUCGUGGAGAUCCGUUUAUGGUCGCAAACAGAGAGAUGAAAGAUUACAUAUAUUUUAGCAGCGAAGUAGUUGUGAGAGAAGAUUGUUACGUCACGACUCUUCGAUUUCCGUUGAAGCUUGGCGAGAGUUUUCCAAUGUACGUAUACGCGUAUAUUAACUCUUUGGACAACGGACAGUUUUCAUUUGACACUGUUUGCAAUUCAGAGGGAGUAGCAUAUCUGGAAACAUAUUUUUAUCUAGAAAAAUCUUGGUCAAUUCGUUUAUUUGCUUUCUUUUACCGCGCUGAAAAUGUCCAACCCGAUAUCGAGUUUUCACCUGAACUGAGUUACUUUGUGAGCGACGAAGGAACAGAUGCAAGGAAAUUUGAAGACAAAUUUCUAACCUGUGACAGAAUCCUUGUGAAUAAUAUUUACUUUUCAGUUGAUUUAUAUUUUUGAAGUCAAAAGUUUCACUGGAAAAAAUCGAAAUUUAAACGAGAAUAUAAUGUAAUGUUAAAUUCGAAUAUAAUUAUUUCUUAUUGUAUCACUGUAUAAUUUCUGCAAAAUGUGUGUACCUGAAUUUAUUGUGUUUACAGAAAACGAAAUUUAAAUCUAAAGUGUUUAUUAAUGUAAUUUUUUUUCCUGAAAUGUAAAUUGUCAUUAGUCGAGUUGUUUAUAUUUCAAAAUUUAGUAUUUGCAAAUAUAUCACCAUCAAGAACGUUUAUAAUUGUCAGAAUUUGAAUGAUAAUUACGUGCGUGAUUUUCAUUUUUUGUUGCAGUAGAUGUUCGAGAAAAAAAUAUAAUUACAAUCAUACAGCAUUAUUCCUUUCUUUUUUCAUGUUAAUAACGAUAGAAAUCAGAAGUGUUAAAACUAAAAUUUUGUCUAGAUGUAUGAGCUAAUCGAUAUCCACGUUUGAAUUUUAUUAUUUACAGUAUUGUUCUUUGUAUUUGUUGUAUAAAAUGUGAUGUUUUUUCCUAUUCUUUUCAUCUACCACUCUUUGCGUAAAUUUAAUUGGUUCAAAUUUGAUUUUUUGAAGUGAAUGUGUCCGGAACUUUUACCUGGUUACUGACAUUUUCCGUUGAAAGAACAGUGCGUUUAGAAAGAGUUGAUUGCAGAAUUUCUACAGCAGCAGUUUGCAUAAAAGAUCACUAUUCAAAAGAAGCUUUACAAGGUGUAGUUUUAAUACUACGGGAUUACACUUUGGUAGUUUUGUUAGCGGUACUGUACUUAUUUUUAAUACUAAACAAUGAAACAUUGAAGACCAUUCAGAAA